AUAAAGUACAGAAAAGGUGAUACAGGCAACCAUUUAAGCCAGUUGCAAACAAGAAAUAAAAAGGGCUUUCUUUUGACUCUUUUGGUCACAUUCAUUUACUCCAAAGUGAAACUGAAGAUAGUGUAACUAAUGGAGAAUGAGAAGAGAGCUGAGCUAGUGAGCUUUUUGAAAGCUGUUCCCUCUGUAGAAUUCUGCUGUGUUUAUGGUUCCACUUUGCAUCCAAACAAUAAAGACAAGUCAGCCAUGGUAGAUUAUAUUCUCGGAGUGUCGGAUCCUCUGCAAUGGCAUUCUCAGAAUCUGAAAAUGAAUGCAGAUCAUUAUGCUUCGUGGUUGAGGUUGCUUGGCGGGGCAAAGCUGAUUACACAAAUUGCAGAUGAAAUAGGUGUAGGAGUACACUUCAACCCGUUUGUUACCUGGAAUGAUAAGAUGUUGAAGUACGGGGUUGUUGGAAUGCAUGACUUGGUUCAGGACAUGCUGAAUUGGGAGAGAUUCUAUUUAAGUGGUCGUCUACAGAAACCGGUACACAUACUUGUGGACAAUCUGGAUAUUGCAAAUACAAACUCUGUUAAUUUGAGGGCUGCAUUGUCUGCUGCUCUUCUUCUUUUGCCCUCCAAGUUCACACAGGAAGAUCUGUUUGCCAAAAUAUGUAGCCUUUCAUAUAUGGGAGAUUUGCGUAUGCUUUUUGCAGAGGACAAAAAAAAGGUGAAAAAGAUUGUGCAAGGACAGUUUGAUUUAUUCCACUCAAUAUAUAAGCCAUUUCUUCAAGAAUACGAGGCCAAAGACUUCUUGAGAGUCUCGGCAUCUGGAACUGACCAAGCAAAUAUAUCACAGGAUUGUAGCUUGCCAGUCACUUGCUCCCUUGUGUCUUCUCUUCCAACAGCAAUUAGAAGUCAAAUGGGGAUGAAGCUUGGAGAGAAAAAGAGAAUAAAUGAAUAUGGUCGAGCUAUAAAUGAAGUUAUAAUCAGUUCAAGAGAAGAGGCAGCUAAAUGUAUGCAGAAGGUUCUGCGACGAACUGUAAUGGUUUCGAGUGCAAGACAGGCAGUGUCUGGUCUACUUGCUGUUGGUGGCAUCAAUGCUACUAGAUAUCUUGCUAACAAAAUGCAGAAAGCUUGGAAAUCCUGGACAUAAAACUACGCAUUUCUCUUUCUCAUUUUUCAUGAGAUUUGGUCAGGCAGAUUAUAACUUUCAAAAUGAGAAUGCAUUAUCUUUACCACAAGCUGCCUUGCCCUCGCUGUAAGUUAUGAAUUUUGCAGAUCAACUAGUUUUAUACUUUCAUUUCAUAGUUGGUUGUUCGUUUGUUGAGGUCAUUUUGGGAGCAAGCAAGCCACUUCCUUUGUAAUGAACAAUAUCAAAAAGAAAAAAGAA